AGCGUCAGGUCAGCCCAGGGGAGAGUUUGCAAAUAAGCUUUUUAUUAUCAACAGUCUUAUCCUUGUACCAAGCCCACAAAGUUAUGAUAAUGAGAACUCUAACUCUCUUGAACAUCGCUGUGAAAAAUCUUUCCUUCAUAUGUGUCAGAAAGUGCUGAGAAGUCUUUGCUGAGCAACGUGCAAGGGAAAAGAAACACAACUCUGGACCAUCACUUGCUUUACUGAAUGCAAAAAUUCUUUUGAGUGGUUGAAUAAGGAAAAAUGGCCAAAUGUACCUUCUCCAUAUUAGAGACAUUCCUGAUUUUCCUCCUUGUAAUGAUGACUGCAGUCACAGUGGCCCUUCUCACCCUCUUGUUUAUCACGAGUGGGACCAUUGAAAAUCACAAAGAUUCAGGUUUUCCAACCACUGAGAGUCCUCAGGUCAGCCAGAGCACACAGGCCACCCAGGACUCCACAGUCCCUCAAGGCUCAACACUCACACCAACCCCAACAGCCACCCAGGGGUCCCCAGUGACUACUACCCCAGAGCCUUCUCCAUUUCAGAACUUCAGUGGCUACCAUAUUGGUGUUGGGCGAGCUGACUGCACAGGACAAGUAGCAGAUAUCAAUCUGAUGGGCUACGGCAAAAGCGGCCAGACUGCGCGGGGCCUCCUCACCAGGUUGUACAGCCGUGCUUUCGUCAUGGCAGAACCCGACGGGUCAAAUCGAAUGGCGUUCAUCAGCAUCGACAUAGGCAUGGUGUCCCAACGAAUGAGGCUGGAGGUCUUGAAGAGACUGCAGCAGAAAUAUGGCUCCCUGUACAGAAGAGACAAUGUUAUCCUGAGUGGCACGCACACACACUCGGCCCCAGCAGGGUAUUUCCAGUAUACCGUGUUCGUAAUUGCCAGUGAAGGCUUUAGCAAUCGAACGUUUGAGUACAUGGUCACUGGCAUCCUGAAGAGCAUUGAGAUAGCACACACCAAUAUGAAACCAGGGAAAAUCUUUAUCAAUAAAGGAAACGUGGAUGGUACACAGAUCAACCGAAGCCCUUACUCCUACCUUCAGAACCCACUGUCAGAGCGAGUAAGAUAUUCUUCGAAUACGGACAAGGAGAUGGUAGUCUUGAAAAUGGUAGAUUUGAAUGGAAAUGAUCUGGGCCUUCUCAGCUGGUUUGCCAUCCACCCCGUCAGCAUGAACAACACCAACCACCUUGUGAACAGCGACAAUGUGGGCUAUGCAUCUUACCUUUUUGAGCAAGAUAAGAACACAGGAUAUCUACCUGGACAGGGACCGUUUGUAGCAGCUUUUGCAUCAUCAAAUCUUGGAGAUGUGUCCCCCAAUAUUCUCGGCCCACAUUGUGUCAACACGGGAGAGUCCUGUGAUAACGUCAACAGCACUUGUCCCAUUGGUGGGCCCACCAUGUGCAUGGCUAUGGGGCCUGGACAGGAUAUGCUGGACAGCACACAGAUGAUAGGACGGACCCUGUACCAGAAAGCAAAGGUGCUGUAUGCCCUGGCCUCCCAGGAGUUAACCGGACCAGUGAUUUCAGCUCACCAGUGGGUGAACAUGACGGAUGUUACGGUCUUGCUCAAUUCCACACACGCAGUAAAAACAUGUAAACCAGCACUAGGCUACAGCUUCGCAGCUGGCACCAUCGAUGGAGCUGGGACCUUCAAUUUUACACAGGGGACGACGGUAACGGAUCCAUUCUGGGAAACUAUUCGUAAUCAGAUCUUGGGGAAGCCAUCUGAUGAAAUCAAAGAGUGUCACAAACCAAAGCCAGUCCUUAUUCACACUGGAGAGCUGUCAAAACCUCACCCCUGGCACCCAGAUAUUGUUGAUGUUCAGAUUAUUACUCUUGGGUCCUUGGCCAUAACUGCAGUCCCUGGGGAGUUUACGACCAUGUCUGGGCGAAGACUUCGGGAGGCAAUUAAAACAGAGUUUGCAACUUAUGGGAUGCAAAAUAUGACUGUGGUUAUUUCGGGUCUAAGCAACGUAUACACACAUUACAUUACCACCUAUGAAGAAUACCAGGUUCAGCGGUAUGAGGCAGCGUCGACAAUUUAUGGACCACACACUCUGUCUGCUUACAUCCAGCUCUUCAGAGUCCUUGCUAAGGCCAUUGCUACGGACACAGUAGCCAAUCUGAGCAGAGGUCCAGAGCCUCCAUUUUUCAAACAACUGAUAAUUCCAUUAAUUCCUAAUAUUGCGGACAGAGCACCAGUAGGCAAGAAUUUUGGGGAUGUCCUGCAGCCGUUGGAUCCUAAGUACAGAGUGGGAGAUGUUGCUGAAGUUACAUUUGUGGGCGCUAACCCAAAGAAUUCAGCAGAAAACCGCACCCAUCAGACUUUCCUCACUGUGGAGAAAUAUGAGAAUUCUUCAACGGGAUGGCAGGUGGUACAUAAUGAUGCCUCCUGGGAGACUCGUUUCUAUUGGCACAAGGGAUUACUCGGUCGUAGCAAUGCAACGAUACAAUGGCAUAUUCCAGACACUGCCCAGCCUGGAAUCUACAGAAUAAAAUAUUUUGGACACAUUCGGAAGCAGGACUUUCUCAAGCCCGCUGUCAUACUUUCAUUUGAAAGCACUUCCUCUGCUUUUGAAGUUGUAACUACUUACUGAAAAGUUGACAUAGCAUUUAAAGAAUAGCAUUUCCUCUGUAUAAAUUAUGUAACUGAUUUCAUAUGAAUGCAAGCCAUUACGAUGACUCUAUAGUUAUCUCAGUUUGAAGUUUACUACUAAUGGGACAGAGGUGUGUUGUGGGAGUGUGCGUGGGUGUGUGCAUGUGUGUGAUAGGUGUGUGGUCCAUUUACCUUGCUCUAGCAGUUUUGUGCCUCAUGGUCUACAGUAUGAUUUCCCUUGGGAACUUGUGACUGGUUAAAGCAAUAGUUCCCCCAACAUAAAACCUCAGAAAUGUUAGUAAGAGUGGUUGAAGAUGUGUGAACAAGCUAAACUAUUUAUUUAUAGAAUUAUUGAAUGUUAGCACUGGAAAAGUUUAAAGAGAUCAUCUAGUUUGAGCCUUCAUUUUGCAGGUGGGAAAAUUAAAUUUUAUAAAUUGAAGAUUAGCAUGAAGCUACUGGACAUUUUCCCCAGUCACAUUUAAAAAUAUCAUAUGAAUGAUGACCAUAAAUAUAUAAGCCCAGUUAGAGAAAGUAGCAUGAAAGUCAGCAUGCCAGUUUUUCUAUGUCAAGCAUCGCCGCUCAAAGCAGUCCCUCUGCAGCUCACAUGCCCAAUCCAGAUUUGUUGUUGAUGCUCAGAUCAUUUCUGGAAUUGCCUGCGAGCCCAGUUACAGAAAGUGAGAUGUGAUAUUUUGAUCAUGCCUUGUGUUUCCCUAAGUGCCCUUAUCCCACUGAAUUGUGUCUCUCAGUCCCAAGACGUGUUCUCAGUGAUUUUGACUAUUUUCACUAAUUAAAUUUACCACGAAUCAUUGCUAUUUGUGUAGAUUUUAAAAAAGUGAUACUGACUUGGAAGGGAGUCCUCAAAGGGGAGGCUCUAAAUUCACUUUAUUCUUUUAUCACUUGCUCACUCACUCAUGGACCCAUUCAAUAGUAAAAUAUUCAAGGCUUAUGUUCAUACUCAGCAUUGUACAAAAGCCUGGCACAGUGAUAGUGAGCUCAGUUAAUGAGAUCAUAUUUAGGAUGCAUGUAUAAGUGUCAAGGGUGACUGGUUUUUUUUGAAGGAGAAAAUAAUCAGUUCAAUACAAAAAUUCUGGGUAGGCACUUAAAAAUCAGUAAUCUUCAAGUCACUUCUCAUAUAUCUUCCAUGUUGGGUACUCUAAUUUUGGAGGAAAGAGACUCCAGACAAUUUGGAAAAAGCUAUUUUGAAGUUACUUUGGGGCAUUAAGAAAUACUCAACCUAUGGUCUCACCUUUAACAGGAACCUAAAUAACAAAACAAACAAGCAAAAUAUAACCAAAGGCACUGAAAUAGAGAACAGGUUGACAGUGACCAGAGGGGAAAGGGGAGGGAAUUUCAGUGGAAAAGGGGAAGGGUUUACAGAAAAAAGUAUCGCCCUGGCCAGUGUGGCUCAGGUGACUGGAGGAAAAAGUAUAAAGGACACAUGGACAAAAACUAGGUGGGGUGGAAAUGGGAGGGAGGUGGGGAGUACUGUCGGAGGGGGGCCGGGAUGGAAGUAAAAGACAGAAAACUGUACCUGAACAACAAUUAAAUAAAAUUUUUUCAAAAACAAAACCAAAAAAAUACAGUUAAAAAAUACUCAGCCUAAUGUCCUAAAGAAUGGGAUAUGAUAAUAUGAUAUUGAUUGUCUGACAGUAUUAAUUGCAUUUAAAGUUACCUGAGUUAACUAGGCACUCACAGGCUGUAAAAUAAACUUCCAAAAACCAAGUUGUGCUUUUGCAUGUGUGUAAAACAUUCAGAAAUUUAGGGGAAAAAUCAACCUUUAUUUCACAAACAAACUUUAAAGUUAGAAAAUAGUAAUAGUAUUAAUAAUGACAAUAUUAACAUCCAUGUAUGUAAGACUUGAACACGCAUUGGGAUGAACCGGGAAUACUUUUUGAUGAGUCAGCACUCUGCAUUACAGGCACCACAGUGAUUCGCUGGAGCAUGAAAGUACAACAUAAAGAGUCUGAUCUGAUCUGUUAAUGUCAAAACAUAGAUUCAGUCUGUGUCUGUGGCUGCUGUUCUUUGGAGCCAAACCAUGUGAAGAAAUCCCCUGAGACUGAUGGAGAAUGUGAAAACUGAUGGAGGGGUUAGAUUGGAGGGAGAAUUCUUUUGGAGAUUUUGAUUCUGGUGUCAAAGUGUCUGUGUUUUAUUUGUUGUAUUCAGUUUACUCUUGUUUUAAGGAUGCUGUGACUUCUUUGAAAAGUACUGUAUGAUCCCUCUAUAAUUUUCAAUGAGUACUAUGUAAAUUGUCAAUAUUGAACAGAAUGUUUAAUAAAAUAAUUACCCUUGGGAAAGUAUUUUCUAACGAGAGAUGA